AUGCAACAUGAAUUUUGCCGUCACUUAGCCAGAGUCACAGCCUCUGCAGGAUUCCCUUUUCAGUGGGUUGAAAACUCGGAAUGGAUAGCAUUUUCAGAGGCUGAACUUUACCAAGAAACAGCCCAAGCAAGACUGAAUGGUCAAUAUGUCACUGGACAGUGUGAUGGGUGGACAGGUAUUAAUUUACACGACUUAAUUGCAUUUAUGGUCACAACAGCUUCACGAGAGGUACACUCUGUCAAAGUAUAUGAUGUAUCCUUGGAGCAAAAGACAGCAGAUAAUUUAUACAGGCUUAUUAAGACAACAAAAGAGAUACUCGUCUCAAAUUGGCAUGUUGUCCUUAUAGCAUUCACUUCUGACGCUUCUCGGGAGUCUCAAAAAGCAAGAAAGACACUCUCACACAAUACACCAGAGAUCAUUGUCCUUGAUUGCUACAGUCACCAAAUCAACCUAAUUGUUGGGGACUACUUUGCAUGUAAUGAGGCACAAUUUGUGUUUGACUACUCAACAAAGGCUAUAGAGCUCAUCACAUGGAUCCGCAGCAAGCCACUACUUACUGCCCUGAUUUGGUUGACAUCAAAGAUACUAACAGGCUCAGAACUAACUGUCAUUCGACCUGUUAUCACUCGAUGGACAGCUCACUAUUUAGCCUUCCAAUAUUUAUUAGAUCUCCGUCUCACACUACAACAUGUCUUUGCCAGCAAUGCACAACAAAUUCCUGCCCAACAACUAAUCAAGACUGGGGACUGGAAGGCAAUACAGAAGGCAGAAACAAUGAACGAGCUCGUUAAUGAUAGUCUAUUCUGGCAUACAGCUGCACGAAUCAAAAAACAUCUGGAGCCACUUGCUCUUGCAGCAACUGUCACACAAGCAGCACACUGCCGCCUUGACCAGGUGUUAUGCAUUUUCAACACUUUGUACUCAAAAUAUUCACAAACCAGCAAAUCACCCACUGAUUCAAUGGAUGUUCUAUUAAUGCAAGCCAUCCUGGACAGCAUUAAAAAACGAUGGGCAAAGGCUGACCAAGAUCUUGCCAUUCAAAGCUGGGAUCCCAUUCAUGAUGUCAUCAGGCCUCUGGGAACUAUUUCCCACCUAUGGACUCGCUUCUACAAAGAGACUGCACAAAUAGCCCUGUAUAAAGAGCUGUUGGACUACUUAACCAGUGCUGGCCAGUACUCAAAGCUUUUGGACCACAUCCAACGUGAAAAAGCCCUUGCUGCUAGUGAGCAGACAACCGACCCACCUACCACCACUGAAAAUACACCAGCACCAUCUUCUGCUGAAUUCUUGGCCACCAAAUUGCAGGCAGAAACCAACAGUCAGCCUGAAAAUUCAAUGCAGGAUAUCAUUUCAGAAUUGCGAGAACAUUUGUCAGCUGAUGAAGAUGAAGAGCCAAUCUCAUUCGAUGAGAUACACAUACCAAUUGGCUCACUCUUCAAUUUUGAAAGCACAACAUGGAUAGAAGUGGAGAAAAGGUUCUUGCUCCGAGGCUUGGAUGAGAAACUAGAGCUGUAUGAUCUAGUGAGUCUUGAUGCUCCUGGUGAAGCUGACUCGGAUGGGGUUUUAGAUAUGGAUGUUUUCGAAGAGGCAGUUCUUGUGUCCUAA